AUGGCAACAAACAAUACAGCAGCAGGUGCUCCAAGCUACCCGAUGGCUUCAUUAUACGUUGGUGAUCUUCAUCCUGAUGUCACCGAAGCUAUGUUAUUCGAUAAAUUCGCAAGUGCUGGACCAGUUCUAUCAAUUCGCGUCUGUCGUGAUAUGAUUACACGACGAUCACUUGGCUAUGCUUAUGUCAAUUUUCAACAACCAGCUGAUGCUGAACGUGCACUUGAUACAAUGAACUUCGAUGUACUUCGUAGUCGUCCAUUACGUAUCAUGUGGUCUCAACGUGAUCCAGCUUUACGUAAAUCUGGUGUUGGCAAUGUAUUUAUCAAAAAUUUGGAUAAAAACAUUGAUAAUAAAUCACUUUAUGAUACAUUUUCGGCUUUUGGCAAUAUUUUAUCGUGCAAAAUCAUGACUGAUGAAAGUGGUCAAUCAAAAGGUUUCGGUUUCGUUCAUUUUGAAACACAAGAAGCAGCAGAUAAUGCUAUUAAUAAAGUCAACGGCAUGUUAUUAGCCGACAAAAAAGUUUUUGUUGGUCGAUUUAUGUCACGCAAUCAACGAAUUGAUCCUAGUGGACCACGCAAAUUUACCAAUAUAUUUAUUAAAAAUUUUGGUGAGCAAUUAAGUGAAGAUAAAUUACGGGAACUUUUCUCACAACAUGGAAAAAUUUUAAGUUUCAAAAUUGAAAAUGAUGGCAAUGGAAAUUCAAAAGGUUUUGGAUUUUGUAGUUAUGAAAAUCCUGAAGAAGCUGAACAAGCUGUUAUAACAUUAAAUGGUUUUUUAUUUGGAGAUAAACAACUUUUUGUUGGUCGUUUUCAAAAGAAAAAUGAACGUUUAUCUGAAAUGAAACGUAAAAAAGAUUUACAACGACAAGAACGUAUGAACAAAUAUCAAGGUGUUAAUUUAUACAUUAAAAAUUUGGAUGAUACCAUUGAUGAUGAACGUUUAAGAAAAGAAUUCUCAAAAUUUGGAACAAUUACCAGUGCCAAGAUUAUGUCAGAAAAUGGUCGAUCAAAAGGUUUUGGUUUCGUUUGCUUUAGUGCACCCGAUGAAGCAACAAAAGCCGUUACAGAAAUGAAUGGUUCAAUUGUUGGCUCUAAACCACUCUAUGUUGCAUUAGCACAACGCAAAGAAGAACGUCGUAUGCAUUUAACAAAUCAACAUAUGCAACGUAUGGUCACAUCACGUGUACCACAACAAAUGCCAUUACCAUUCCCUAAUGGUAUGAGUGGUAUGAUGCCGUAUUUGCAAGCACCAAUGGGUCCGUCACAACCACGUAACUUCUUUGCGCCAACAGCAGUGCCAACAUAUCGACCAGCACAACCACGUUGGUCAUCAGCUGCUCCAAAUAGUGGCAUGAGACCACCAUCAGGUGCACAAAUGAUCGGUAUGCAAAUGCCACAAACAGCUAUGGUUGCUGCUCAACGAUCGGCUGCUAUGGCUGGUGUUGCAUCUCGCGCUGGCAUGCCAGUACCUGCUCGACCAACACCAGGUCAAAUGAUGCCUAAUAAUUCUAGUCGACCACAGGGAGGCAUGCAACAACAACCAGCAUCAGCAUAUACUCGUACGGCUAGAAACACACCACAAAAUAAUGCAGGUGGAUUCGGAAAUUCAAUUGUCGUUCCUGGACAAGAACCAUUAACACCAGCUGGUCUUGCUAAUGCGACACCACAAGAACAAAAACAAAUGUUAGGCGAACGUUUGUUCCCAUUGAUUCAAAUAAUGCAACCUGAAUCAGCUGGUAAAAUCACUGGUAUGCUUCUUGAAAUUGACAAUACGGAACUUCUUCAUAUGCUCGAAUCACGUGAAUCACUCAAAGCUAAGGUUGAAGAAGCUAUCGCCGUACUUCAAGCUCAUCAAGCUAAACAAUGCUUUGCAGCUAAACAAGCAGUAAAUAAUUCAGCUGCCCCAUAA